UCCGUCUGCACCGCCAUGGCCCGGCCGCUGGUGCCCAGCUCGCAGAAGGCGCUGCUCCUGGAGCUCAAGGGGCUGCAGGAGGAGCCGGUCGAGGGCUUCCGGGUGACCCUGGUGGACGAGGGCGACCUGUACAACUGGGAGGUGGCCAUCUUCGGGCCCCCCAACACCUACUACGAGGGCGGCUACUUCAAGGCCCGCCUCAAGUUUCCUAUUGAUUACCCCUACUCCCCUCCAGCUUUCCGGUUCCUCACCAAAAUGUGGCACCCGAACAUCUAUGAGACUGGGGAUGUUUGUAUCUCAAUCCUCCACCCUCCAGUAGAUGAUCCCCAGAGUGGAGAGCUUCCCUCUGAGCGAUGGAACCCCACCCAAAAUGUCAGGACCAUCCUCCUGAGCGUGAUCUCCCUCCUAAAUGAGCCCAAUACCUUCUCACCAGCCAACGUGGAUGCUUCCGUGAUGUACAGGAAAUGGAAAGACAGCAAAGGGAAGGACCGGGAAUAUACAGACAUCAUCCGGAAGCAGGUCCUGGGGACCAAGGUUGAUGCGGAGCGGGAUGGGGUCAAGGUGCCCACAACCCUGGCCGAGUAUUGUGUGAAGACCAAGGCGCCUGCGCCGGACGAGGGCUCAGACCUCUUCUAUGACGACUACUACGAGGAUGAUGAUAUGGAGGAGGAGGCCGACAGCUGCUACGGCGACGACGAUGACGACUCCGGCACGGAGGAGUCCUGACACCACCUCCCGCAACCCCCGGGCCCGAAAUAAACUUAUAAAAUUUUACCUCAGACAAGGAGCCCGGAGACUCGCUUGGAAAUCUCUUAGACUCCGGACAGCCCUGAACACAGACUCUCUACCUCAUGGGAGUUUCUAGUUUUCUGUUUGAUCUUGGUUUUUCUCCUUUUGGGUUUUGGGUGGUUUUUUUUUCCCUCCCCUUCGAAGAAGAAUGCCCCGUUCCCUCACCCCAGGCCCUUUUUCCUCAUCUUUAAAGCCGAGGCUCCAUUUUCCAGCUUGUGGGGAGCAGAAGGGGGGGCUUGCUGGGGAGGGGCUGCCUUGGGCCCUCCAGCCUGGAAGCUCUGGGGUCUGACCUUGCCCACUUUGUUCCCUCCUGGUGAUUUCCUCCGCCUGGGUGAGCCUAAGAGGAUCCUACAGGCUUUUGUGUGCAUUCGGUGAGUGAAGAAUGAAGCAGCUAUGAUUUGGGGGGAGGGAGAGGGGUCACGCUGCCUGCUGGCCUGUCUUGCUUCUGCCACAGCCGGGGGUGGGUGGUGGGCUGAAGGAAAAAAGGCCUGAGCUGGUUUUUGUGGGUUCUUCCCAGCCUGCUGUGCUCUGGAUACUUGCAGCAUCCCAUCAGACCACUAGAGGGAGGCAGACUCACCUUAGAGAUCCUUGGCCCUGGGUGGGCCUUGGUUCUCCUGUUCUGCCACACUCCCAGCCCAUGCGUUGAGGCAGGAGCCCCCAGUGUCUGGAGGGGCUCCUAGGUCUUAAGCUGCUGACACCAACUGGGGCAGGGAAGGGCAGACAGGUUUUUUUUUCUAGGAGUGGGUG